AUGUGUGGUUCGGGAGAGUUUGGUACUGGAUCCAAUGAAAGUUGUUACUUGUUUUUAAAAGCUUCAAGUCAGUGUACAACAAAUCUUAUCGUUGGUGAACGGGACACACAGAGUGAAAGGGAUGAUGAUUACGAGGGAGGCGCAGUCAAUGCAGUUCUUAAUCUCCACGACCAAUACAAAUUUGAUUGCUGUAGUUUCAUUUAUACUUGGGAAAUAUAUGUAACAAAUAUAAUUACACCAAUAAAUGUGAAAGUCCAAGCUUGGUACAAUUCAGGGUCAACAUGGACUCUGCGAGGAGAGAAUGAUAUAACUGCCACUGAUGAUAGAAAUGAGAAUGUGAUUGAAAUUUUACCUGGAAACAGAAUUCGUGUCUUCAAUAACGACUAUAUAGGCUUUUAUGAAUAUGCUGGAUCAGUUAUCAUGUAUGGCAAUGGUGAUGACUACAAAACAGCUACAUUCACCACAGACCAGACAACGUUUGACUGGGACACAGCAACGGCAGGCACUAACAGAGACCAUGCAAUUCAUGCCAGGACUACGCCGAGUCAAAUACCGGCUUUCACAAACCUGGAUGAUACUGUUGCAAUAAGUAACAAUGAGGUUGCCGGGACCGUAAUUUUUACUCUCGCUGCGACUGAUAGCGAUCCUGAAGAUGCCAGUAUGUUGACUGUAGCACAUACAGGGAGCACUGGAUUUGCUGCGGCUUUCUUUGAACUUGAUACUACCACUUGGGAAGUUAAAAUAAGAUCUGGUGUUUCGCUUUCCCCUGGAGAUCAUACGAUGACCUUAAGUGUAACAGAUCCAUGUUCAAGGUCAUCAUUUAGUACUCUAACGAUACGAGUAGAGAAUGACCCACCGGUGAUAACAAGUCUGGCCACAAGCAAUUCCAUCACAAUAUCUGAAGACUUAACAGCAGAAACGUUAUUACAUACCCUUAUGGUAACGGACUCAACGCCUACUACGUGCAAGCUAGAUUCCACUGGAGUUCCAUUUGAGAUUAAAACUAAAUCUGGGAGCACGGAUUAUGCCAUAUUUCUGUCAGCCGGUGCAUCAAUGAAUUACGACACACAAAAUGCAUAUAUCCUAGAUUUAUCAUGCACUGAUACGUUUGACGUCACAACGGGCGUAUACACUGUGUACCUUGUAAGAAAUGAGCCUCCAACAAUAAACGGACUACCAAGAGCUACAGAUAUGCAAGAGGAUGUUGUUGUUGAGACAACCCUGUACACAUUAUCUGUAACAGACCCAGAAAGUACUGUUGUGACAUGUGACGUAACAGCAAUUACUCCAAAUACAAAUAUUAUGUUCAUCAAGCCAUCGUCAAACUUUAAUGAAUUUGACAUAAUUUUGCAGUCAAACCCUAGCCUCCAGUAUGACGUAGUGCGAACAUACAGACUUGAUAUUCAGUGUUCCGAUGGUAGGCGUACAGAUGCUGGUGUCUUUUUUAUGAAUGUAUUGCGUAACAAACCACCUGUGUUUUUAAAUCUUCAAAAUGUCACAACAGUGUCAAGUGUCUCAUCUUAUAUUGGACAGAUUGUCUUUGACGUUGAGAUAUCUGAUCCAGAAAAUGACCAAGUCCAGUUUUCUAUGUUUUGUGUACCAUCAACCAAUUGUCCGUUUGAAGUAUACCAUUCGGGUGAAAUAGUUCUAACGCGAUCCAUAGAAGGUGAAUUUGUACCAGCUUAUGAUUUGUAUGUUUAUGUGACUGACGAAAAGUCUAAAACUGGACCUAGGUCACUUACAGUUCAUGUCUUAGAUAUAAAUUACGUUCCCGUUAUAAAAAACUUACCUCUUCCUUCUGCUUUAGUGGUUUCCGAAAAUUCUGUUCUCGGUUUGAGUAUAUUUCAGGUAUCCAUACAAGACAACGACGGUCACGAUACACAUACAUACUCUAUGACGUCAUCCCCGUCAGAUGGAGUCUUGUACUUUGAUAUUGAUUCUGCAACUGGGUUGAUAAGUACUUCUGCCACAACAAAUAUCAAUUAUGAAGCCGUAUCAUCAACAUCGUUUACUUUCACAAUAACAGUGUCCGAUACCAAGGACUCGGCAUCUCAGAACUUAACAGUCACCAUUGCUAAUCAGAACGAGGCUCCAGUAUUUACGAAAACAUCUUAUGCACUUAGCAUUGAUGAAGGUCCGGCUGGCACCAUUUUAGGCGAUCCUGGUUACUUGUACCAGGAUGAGGAUACUGGUGACACACAUAAGUUUUCUAUGAACUGUGCAUCAAAUGUUGGAUUCUUUUCGAUAUCACCUACAACAGGAUUUAUCAGCCUAGCUACUGAUAUUGACGUAGAUGCUACCGGAUCUUCGACAUCUUAUACCUGUACAGUUAAAGUGUCUGACGGUGCUUUAACCGAUAGUGCGUCUUUAACCAUCAAUGUCAACAAUAUAAAUGACAACACGCCAAGGUUUUCCAACAAUCUGUUUACAUAUUACUUGGAUAUUAAUUACCCUCUAAACACUGUGUUUGGUUCCACGGUAGCAACUGAUGCUGAUACCGACACAUUUGGAAAUUUCAUUUAUAGCAUUGACCAAACGUCUUUAGGGACAGAAACAUUUGGAAUUCAAGCAAAUGGAGAUCUGCACUUAAAGAAUUCGUUAACCAGUUAUGGUUAUGGAUCAAGUAAGAGCUUUAUUGUUCAGGCAACAGAUACUGGCAGUCUUCAAGGGACAGCAACAGUUUUCAUCGUUAUACCACAAACUACAACAACCACCACAACUACAACAGACCGACCUGUAACAUUUUGGGAAUACCCUGCUAACCCAGCAUGGGUUAUUGUUGCUGGUCUUCUUGGACUUAUAAUUAUGGUGUUGCCUUGUUUUAUGUGUUAUAAAAACGGAUGUACUUGUGAAUGGAGGGGAAAACCUGGUGACUACCGGGAAAGACUUCAAGAACCAUCUGAACAAAACAAGAAAAAAGACAAACAACCGAAAAUGUAUUCUAAUGGUAGUUGGAAAGCAUGGAAAUGGUACGAACAGCAAUGAAUACAAUGUUUACAGGAACAUAAGUGUAGUAGGAACAGUAGUUAAAGAUAAAUCUUACCGAGUUUAGUGUGUUACCUAAACUGUAUUAAUUGUUUUCUUUGGAAAUCUUACCGAGUUUAGUGUGUUACCUAAACUAUUAAUUGUUUUCUUUGGAAAUCUUACCGAGUUUAGUGUGUUACCUAAACUGUAUUAAUUGUUUUCUUUGGAAAUCUUACCGAGUUUAGUGUGUUACCUAAACUGUAUUAAUUGUUUUCUUUGGAAAUCUUACCGAGUUUAGUGUGUUACCUAAACUGUAUUAAUUGUUUUCUUUGGAAAUCUUACCGUGUUUAGUGUGUUACCUAAACUGUAUUAAUUGUUUUCUUUGGAAAUCUUACCGAGUUUAGUGUGUUACCUAAACUGUAUUAAUUGUUUUCUUUGGAACCUACGAAAAGAAAAUAUUGAAUAAAACUUACAUCAAUAUAUAUUCUUUAAAACUGCUUAUAUUUACAAUACCAUUUGUCUAUUAAAUAUACUAUUCGUUA